AUGUCAACAAGAAGAUCGUCCAGACUUCAAAAUCAGCCGGACAAGUCCCACAACUACUCCGUAGACCUCUCGGAGAGCGAGGGCAACGACUCAGACCAGUCGGAACACGAAUACCAGCCAACUAAACGUGGUUCUCGUAAACCCACCAAAUCACAACGCGCUCCAAAAAGACGCAAAACCGUGCCCAACAACAUCGACCAGCUGGAAAACUUCCAGGAAAACUAUCUGUUCGAGGCCUUGAGCAAUGCAGAGUCCGCAGUCGCCGAGCUUGCAGCCUCUUGGCUCGACCAGUUCCAAGAAGACAAGUACGACGCGAUCAAAGAUAUGGUCAACCUUGUGUUGAGAUCCUGUGGGUGUGUGACUCUUGUUGCCCAACACGACGUUGUCAACGCAGACUCCUCCAAGGAAACUAUCGCCGAGAUCCAGGCAAUGUUCGAAAAGCAAGUCUCCCACGAAUACCCAUUGGGUCUUGCCUCCAACUCGAAAAACCCAAACUGGAAAGACUACAAAAAGAGAUGUCUGGAGUUUAUUGACCAGGUGCUGGUUACUGCGAACGAACAAGGAGUCAUUUUUGAGGACGAAGAGCUGAUCGAGCUGCUGCUCACCUGGUUCGGUGCCAUCACCACGUCCAAUGCCAGACCAUUGCGUUACUCUGCCACCGUUCUGUGUUUACAAAUGGAAACCACUCUGUGUUCUUUGAUGGCACAGAUUUCCAACUCCAUCAGCAGAACUCAAAGACAGCUCAACAACGAACAGCGCAACAUCGACUCAUUGGCCAAAAAAGCGCGCUCAGAGGCCAAACUUGCCGCUGCCAAAGAACGUGCUUCGCAGAUCGAGCAGAACGUCCAGCUAUACAUGGAACACAAAAACUAUCUGGAAACUUUUCUCCAGGAUAUCUUCAACACAACAUUUGCUCACAGAUAUAGAGACACCGACUCGCAAAUCCGCCAGGAGUGUGUCAGACAGCUUAGCAACUGGAUCGACCAGUAUCCGGAGUUCUUCUUUGAAAGUGUGUAUAUCCGGUACUUGGGAUGGCUGAUGACCGACCAGGAGUCUGCUGUUCGUAACGAGGUUCUUCGAGUGCUUUUGAAAUUGUACCAGAGCCACUCUGCUGCCACGGCGUUGCGCCAGUUCACCAGCCAUUUCAAAGAUAAGUUGAUGGAAAUUGCGUUCUACGAGACAGACUUGAAGGUGAGAUCAAGCUGUAUUCAAGUUCUUACAGAGAUCACACGGAUGGGUUUCUUGGAGACCGAGGAGGUGGUCAAACUGUCCAGUCUGAUCUUUGUCGAUAACGAGGAUUCUCUGUUCCCAAAGAGCAAAUCUGCUGGAAGAUUGUACAAAGAGUUAUCCAAGCUGAUUGCGGUUGCAGAGUCCGAAACGUUCACUCAGUAUCUGGAAUCGAAUGGAGCCACAGUGGACAAAGUUGACGAGUCUAUGGAUCUCGACGUGAAACAGUUGCUCAAGUUCCACGGUCUUUCUCAGCUACUUGUGGAGGCUGAAGCUUACUAUGUUGAGAAUAUUCUCUCUUCCCAACCAAAGAAAUCUUCUGAUAACGCCCGUGCAGCCAAACUGUCCAAUAUCUCGCAAAACCUGUAUGCUGUUCCGCGGUACCAUGGUAAUAGCUCUUUGGAAGUCCUGUGCAACUAUUUAACCCUGGACGUGUCUUCAAACCCAGAGCUGGACAAGAUCAAGGAAAAUAUUGAGCUUUCAUACGUACAGACAGAAUUUGUCCUCAGUUUGGUCACGGCUGCCACCACUAUCUAUUGCGAGGCAGAAGCCAACGAGUUCCAUUUGCAAAUAUUCCCUAAGAAACAGGAAGACGCUACUGGCGAAAAGACUUUGAUUCUCGGCAAGCUUGUUGCCCAGCUGUCUGGACUGUUUGAGCUGUGCAAGAAAUCACAUUUGUCGGCGUUCCUGGCUCUUUUCAACCAGAUCACUAAACACAACAUUUGCGAGACCCUGGAUCAGACGGAAACAGAAACCAAGAUCAGCAAACAGUUGAUCAAGUCGUUCAGAGAGUCGUCGUUGCAGUCGUUCAGCCCUGACUCUUCAGACUACUACAACUCCACCAAUUACCAGUUCUUCCAGUUUUUCCAGUACUUCAAGCUGGACAUCAUGGAGAUUUCGUUGGAGUUCGACAAGAUUCUUAAGGAACUCGGCAAGGAGCUGUCUUUGGGUUUGAAGAACGUCGAUUACGCGCAGACCUCUGCCACUUUAAACAAAUUAAUGCUACUUAAGGCUCCAGCUACCAAAUUCAGACUUCUGACCGAACUUGGUCUACAGAUCGACCAUAUCUGCUCUUCGCUGGGCUCACUUCCGAUUUCCGAAGAAUUAAACGACCUCACUGCCUCAAACAGACUCGUCGAGUACUUCUCGUGCAUUCUGUUCUUCGUUUCUGAGAACCUCGAGAUCCUCACCAACAAGCUGAAGGUGGACCCCGACACCGACGCGUUGGACGAGCUGCACCACCAUCUGCUGGUUCUUGCUCCAAUCAAGCGCGUUCUGGUGGAGCUUGUUGGAAAAGACUCGCUGGACAUUGCGUUCUGGUACGAGGUCACCAGCGUGUAUCUGGACGUGUUCACCACGCUGAAUGUGCUGAAAUACUACGUUGGGUCGCACAGAGACGUGCUGGAACACUUCUUCGACACAGAAAUGGCCGUCGAGCCUCUGUCUGGGACACAGGAACACCUGCUACGUCUGUUCUUGGUGCUGGAAGCCGAGGUCGCUCUGGAGAAAGACGUCCAAUUGGACCGCACCGAGUCCGAAGACGUUGCGUUUGAAAGACUCAAAUUGCCCGACGCGGAACGCAAACUGUGCACUCUAACAGCAAAACUCGUCCUGCUGGACAAAACCGUCGGUUUGCAGUCGUUCUUAAUGUCUCGAGUCAAACUGAACCGGGCGGUGCUGGGAGACCUGUUCAACCAGGUGUUGGACUACCAGCAGCCAGAGAUCAAAGAAGAGACAGAAACACCGCACGAAAAGUCCCGCACUCAAUCGCCCGCUCCGCAGCAAGAACAAUCGGACCAGUUCUUGCACACCAACACGUCUGUGCCGGACCUGCUGCCCGAGCCGUUGCCCGACCUUGUGUUGUAA